GAACCGAAUUCACCUCAAGGCGCUCUUACCCUGCUCAUGCCAUCCUUGAUACGUACACUUGAAGAAGGCUGACUUCAGCAAUGUCAUAGUUCCAGCUAUGUGUGUGCCCUGGCAUCGUUGGUUUCCAGCUUUCAGAGAAACAUCUGAAACAUGCCUGUUGACGCAUGUUCAUGCAUGUGGCCCUUCCGAUAACAAGGAAAUGAAAGAGGUCUCAAGUACAAAGCCUUCGAUCAAACUUCAAGACCUCCCGAAGGGCCUUAUCUCGGGUUUUUAACGACAAGAACAACCGCGUCACAGUGGAGGGCGAUCUUACACUCUGUUUGACAGUCUCGGGCUCAGGCAUUCACUGCAAGCUCUGAGACCAUCGAUCAAGUCUGAUGCCGUUAACUCAGUGUCAACUCUCGUUAACUCAACUCGUGAAAUGUUUGCCGCAGCCCAUUAAGCCCGCUAUCAUGGUUGCCAGUGCCUGUCGCAGCGCUAAUAUGUAUCCGGUGAAACUGGGGAAUCAUUCAUGAAGCGCCUUUCGUCAUCCCCCUGUUCGCAGCUGUGCCGACGAGGCGCGUCAGCCCUAGUACUGCGCGUUCCGUCGGACAUCCUCAGCAACUAGCUGAACCACCGUUCACUUUCAACGACUCAUCAACCAUUGAUGCCCCCCGACGGUGGAUCACGCCCAAUGAAUAGUUGUUCAGAAAUUCCGAAGAGCACCUGUCCCUUAUAACGGCACGGCUAAACUCCAACCUGAGCAAUACUUCCCAGUUUCUUCUCCAUGGCUCUCCAAAUACCCUCUCAACAGCAGUCAUGGCGCGUUCUCAACAAGGGCCUUCCCUCAGAUCCCAACGUCCUGACACUGCAGUCAGAUACUGACGUCCCUCGGAAACUUUGCAAGGGCGAAAUACUCGUUAAGGUCCAAGCAGCUGCUCUUAAUCCCGUCGGCUGGAAGAUGAUGGGUUUCCUGCCUAACUUCGUGGCUCGUCGGCCGCUCACUCCGGAGCACGACUUCGCGGGGACUGUGGUUGACCCUAACGGUUCCGAAUACUCAGUAGGGGAUGAGGUUUUUGGCUGGAUCCCGUUCCCACUGCAGCUUUCAAGCCACCAAGGCACUCUCGCUCAGUAUACGCGGCUACCCGCUGCAAACGUGAUACGCAAACCCAGCAACCUGACUUUUGUUGAAGCCGCUGCCGUGCCUCUGGUAUCUCUGACGGCUUACCAGGGUCUUGUUCACGACGCCAAGCUGAAGAGCGGGCAGACGGUGCUCAUCAACGGUGGUAGUACCUCUGUGGGGAUCGUGGCCAUUCAGAUAGCCAAAUGGAUAGGCGCGAACAUUGUUGUUAGCGCGUCCCACAGGAACGAAGAAUUUGUUCGUAGUCUUGGAGUAGACGAGGUCGUGGAUUACACAAAGAAACCGCUUGCGCAGCAUUUCACCGAGAACCCACCAUCACCCAAAUUUGACAUCAUUUUCGACGCAGUCGGUCUGACGGACCAGUCUCUUUACAGAGAAAGCGAAGCGUACUUAAAACCGGAGGGUGCAUUUGUAUCGACGGGGCCUGUCCUUGGUGGUCUUCCAUCAAUGAUUCUGCAGAGCAUUCGGCCUUCAUGGCUUGGAGGCACCAAAAGGACUUGGAAGUUGGUAGGCGUUGAGCAGAACGUCGCCGAUUUCAAGAAAAUUCAAGAGCUUCUUGUCACAGGCGACCUGAAACCUGUCGUAGACACAGUCUUCUCGUUCAACGAUGUGCUAAAUGCAUACGAACGGAUUAUGACGAAUCGUGCGAGGGGCAAGGUAGUUGUAACGAUGGAAGACAUCUAAGCUCAAUUCGGAAUUUGCUCCCGGAGUUUGGGCACGCGUUUGACACGCGUUUUUGGGGCGCGUUGAUAUGAUCGCAGGCGAGAGGAUGUUCGUGAGGAGGUAUUCCUAUACUGUAUGUUAGAGCCGGCAACAACAUUGAGGACGCUGCGAAAAGUGUAUUGUGUCUUGUACUCGUUCAAUGAAGGAGAAGAUCUAAC